AUGCCGAUCUCUGUGCAGCCUGAGACAGAGUACCGCUUGCUUGCCGCCUCCGCUUGUGAAUGCCACCUCCAGCCUGCGCCUGGCACACACGGAGGAGUUUUGAAGCUGAGAUGUGGAGAAGUAGGGGCAGGUGAAUUGCAUAAGGGACGCGUGACGCAAGCAAGAGAUCCUGAUGACUCGCCAUCCACCCCCACUAGUGUUGCACCGUGCACACUGCGGGACGGUUCGGUAACUGAUUCCCCUGAUGUAAGGGACCUGACCUUAUCCGAGGGGAAACUCAUCGCAACCCUAACAUUUUCGGGCGAGAGUUUCGGCGCGGUGCCGGAUAGUCUCAAGAAAGUUUGUCAAAAACAGCAGGGCGGCGAAGUGCCCAGAGGUGAGGACGAGUGCGAGGCCGGGGGCACCAGCUUGGGCAAGCCCGUCCCCCUCGAGGGCAUUCCUGCACCAGGCAGAGAUUACGCUACCAAGUUCUUUGAGAGAGAAGACCUGAGUGUGUGCUUCAAGCUGUAUUCCGAGAUAAUUCCCAACUUUGGGGGUGCCUGGUGGACCGCACAAGAUGCUAUAGCGGGUGUGACGCUGACAAUCCACUAUACUCAUUUUCCGUUUGAGGACACAUCACUCUACGUUGGCUGUAAACCCAUCACGACCACAGUUCAACAGUCUUCGGACUCGCGCGCAGCUUCGGCGGCAAGCGAGAAGAACGAUGGCAAGCCGACGACAUGCAAGGUGGUGGUGACUGUGAAGGCAUCAGGAUUGUUCUUGACGGGGGGCCAGGGUCUGGGAACGGCAGCUGCAGCCUCCGGCGCGGAUGUGUUGACGGGUCUCCUUGGUGGUUCCCUUUGA